AUGGUCGUCAACACGCUCGUGUACCACCCCUCCGUCAAGCACUACCUCAGCUUCGUCGCCACCACCGUCGGCCGCGACAAGCUCCUCCGCACCAUCCAGUACUUCGCCCGCUUCUACGCCUGGUACCUCCUGCGCACCAAUGCCACCAAGGCCCAAAUCGCCCCCUGGGACGUCACCAAGAAGCAAUUCGGCCUGACGCGCAAGAUCCUCCGCGUCGGCAAGAACGUCGAGCACCUCAAGGCCGCCGUCGAGACCGCCGACAACCCCAAGCCCGUCGACGCCUUCCUGCGCUACGCGGGCAUCGGCAGGCAGAUUGGCUACGCCGGCUACCUGACCUUUGACUCUGCCGCGCUGCCCGACGCCGCCGGCAUCAAGAAGUGGGACAAGGCCAAGACCGUCCAGGCCUACGGGUACAGGUUCUGGGCCAUGGGCCUGGUAUUCAGCAUCUCGGCCCAGCUGUAUACGCUGUAUCAGCUGAAGCAGCGGGAGGCCAAGAUUGACCGCAAGGACGGCGAGGGCGUCAUCAACAGCAAGCACAUCGCCCGCGAGCGAGCCACUAGCCAGCUCCAGCUCAUCUCUGACCUCUGCGAUCUCACCGUUCCCUCGUCUGCCCUCGGCUGGGCUGGUUUCGACGACGGCUUCGUUGGUCUCGCCGGUACCCUGAGCAGUUUGAUCGGCGUGUACAACCAGUGGAAGAAGGUCACCGCAAAGCCGGCCUCCAAGUAA